GCCAUUGUCUUCAAACAGAGGACAAUAACUGGUUUGAUGAGGGCUGUCGAACACAAUGAAUCCAACAAACAGUUCUAUACAGGUCAGAUAAACCACUUCUGAAGAAGAGAAACAGGGAAUCUAAGUACUAUCUGGUAUCUGACAGAUAAUCUUUUCUUGUUUGUUGUCUGGCUACUAGUUUCUCUCUGUAGCUGACCAAUCUAUUUUCAUGUCAACACUCACAUUACCAAUGAUUGGCAUGCUUGUAUUACUGAGCAGUACUAUAUAUGAACCAAAACCGGUAAAACAAGUAUAUCACAUCCACUUCUGUGGUUUGCAUUGUAGGAGGAACGAUCACAACAAUCAGCUGCUAAACAUGCAUGACACUUUUUGUCUCUAACACAAAUGAAUUAAACAAGAAAAUGCUUAUUCUUUUGUAUCUGUUGUCAUGUUUGAAAGCUGUCAAUACAGGCUCUCACUUACUGAUGUAUUUUGCAACAUAUAUAAUUGGACAGACACCUUUUCCAGAAUUCACUGUUGUGGGAAUGCUUGAUGAUGUACAAGUAAGGUACUAUGACUCAGUUACACAGAGAGCUGUAAGUCACUCUCACAAUGAUUCCAAACACUAUGAUGAAGAGCAAACUGAUGACAUUGUUAUAUUCCGUGAUAUGUACUACAACUUGAAAGAUCGAGCAUAUUAUCUAAAGGACAAUCUAAAUCUCUCUGAUGGUGUACAUGUACAUCAGAGGCUUGCUGGAUGUGAAUUGUUGGAAAAUGACAAACCGGGUCCAAUUUACACAUGGGAUGCAUUUAAUGGUCAAAUGAAAGAGUGGGGUAUAUUUGACGCUGAGACAAAACUAUUACAGAUUAAUUUGUCAUUAAUACGUGCAUGGAACCAGCACAAAAUAAUUUAUGUAAAUUUUCUUUAUGAAAAUAUUUAUCAUCCUAUUUGCCUGAAGAUUUUGAGGAGGAACAUGAAGAAAAGUAGCAUUCUGCAAAAAGUGAAACCCAGAGUCAGACUCCUAAAAAAGGUGCUUGAAGCAUCUCAUGAUUAUCAAAUCACAUGCCUGGUAACAGGUUUUUAUCCCCGUGACAUUAACGUGACUCUGGUCAGAGAUGGUCAGACUGCAGAUGAUGGAAAAAUCACAGGAGGUAAUCCUCUUCCCAAUGGAGAUGGAACUUACCAGAUAAGGAAGAGUUUGGUGAUGAGUGUUAAGGAACUACAUGACAGACAUAAUUACAGCUGUGCAAUAAAUCACUCGAGUCUGGACAACACACUGGACAUUAUGUUUGAUCUGGAAGAAACUGGCCUGGGAUUAUCAACUUUGUCCAUGGUUACCAGUACCUUUUUGGUGGUGUUUAUAUGGGUGUCUCUUAUAAUAACUGGUCUGAUCAUAUGGAAGAGGAAGAGACAUGCUGCUGGACCAGACUUCAGAACAUCACAGAGUGAUUACUCCCCUACUCCAACACAAGAUACAUGAACAUUGGCCUACAUAUGGUCUGAAAUUGCAAAAUACUUAACACUGGGAUGUUAAUACUUAACAUCUAUAUAUAUUUUCUUCUAUAUGAAGAAAAUAAUAUAAAGUCCUCCUCAUACCCUGGUUAAU